GUGAGCAAAAAUAUUCUUUUAAUGAAUCGUUGGAAAAAAUGAAGGGUAUUUAGCCUGUUAAGAUAAAAAUAAAUACAUGGAAUCUUUUCAGACAGGGAAACUUUCUGUCCCCGAGCAAACUGAAAUAUUUUUAAGAGUGUAGAUUAAGAGAAAUUAAACAAAGAACGAAAGAGAAACAAUAGAAGGACAGUGGGGAGGGGGAAGACAAUCUAAGAAAGAUGGCAGAGAAAAGAUCAAAUGAGGAAAAGAAAGAAAGAAAGAAAGAUGGACAAUACAAAGAUAAGAUAAAGGAGUGAGCAGAGAAAAAGAUUAAAAAAGAGUAAAAGACAUUAGAGAGAAAGAGCAAGUGUAGGAGAACAAAGCGAGAGAGAGAGUGAGAGACCAAGAGAGAGAGGGGGGAUGUGUGUGUGAAUGAUAGAGAGAGAGAGAGAGAGAGUGAGAGAGAGAGAGAGAGAGAGAGAGAGGGAGAGUCACAUGAGAAUCAAAUGACCAUUAGCAUGUUCCUUUGAGGCUCCACCAACACGAAGCAGCAGGAACCUCACACACUCUCGCACACUCUCAAACGUUCUCACAUGCUCUCACACGCUCUCACACACUCGUUUACACACCUGCGCUUUUAUAUCAUUGUUCUAAUCGUUCUUCAACUUCACACAGAAUCCUCUGUGUGAAAUGAUUUUACAUCAGCGCUGAGGUUUAGGACUGGAGGAGGAGGAGGAGGAGGAGGAGUCAUCGGGAGAAAAACACACACCUGUGGAGAGAACAAAGCGUCGAGUCGAGUCUCAUUUUCUUUAAACAUGCCUUCAGAGAGGGAAGUCUCGAUGAUGUGCCUUUUAAAGCAGGAUCAUUUUUGAGAGCAAAUGGCGUCCCCAAAACCGGGCUCCGUCUCAAACCCCCCACCAUCUAAACUGCGCCGCACCAAGAGCAAGAAGAAACACUUUGUCCAUCAGAAGGUGGAGGUGUUCAGGGCCAGUGAUCCUGUGCUGAGUGUCUUCAUGUGGGGCAUCAAUCACACGGUCAGUGAUAUGGUUCAUGUUCCUGCGCCGGUGAUGCUGCUGCCCGAUGACUUUAAAGCCAACAGCAAGAUCAAAGUGAACUACCACCUGUUCAACAAAGAAAACCUUCCUGGACACUUUAAAUUUAAAGAGUACUGCCCGCAGGUCUUCCGUAACCUCCGAGAGAGAUUUGGGAUCGAGGAUCAGGACUAUCAGGCAUCAUUAGUGCGCAGUUCCCCCCUAAAGGACAGCGACAGUCAGGACGAGCAUCUCCAGCUCACCUCAUACGACCGAUUACUGAUUAUCAAACAGAUUUCCAGUGAGGAAGUGGAGGACAUGCACAACAUCCUGUCCGAAUAUCACCAGCACAUUGUAAAGAGUCACGGCGUCACGCUGCUCCCUCAGUUCCUCGGCAUGUACCGUGUUACUGUCAACAACGAGGACACGUACUUCAUCAUCAUGAGGAACAUGUUCAGUCACCGGCUUACCAUCCACACAAAAUACAACCUCAAGGGCUCUUUGGUGUCUCGUGAAGCGAGUGAUAAAGAGAAGGAGAAAGAUCUGCCGACAUUCAAGGACAUGGACUUCAGGAACAACAUGCAGCGGAUAUAUAUCAGCGAUGAGGAGAAGGAGAAGCUCAUGGAGAAGCUCAACCGUGACAUAGAUUUCCUCGUGAGGUUAAAACUCAUGGACUACAGCCUGUUGUUGGCGAUUCAUGAAAUGGACAGAGGGGAGCGAGAGGAAGAGGAGGAGGAUGAAGAAUCCGCGUGUGAGGAGGAGGACGAGCAGGAAAACAACAUGACCAUGGUAGCAUCAGCGUCUCUCAGCACGUCACCUGAGGGCGGAACCGGUUCUUUUCCCGCCCGUAGAACCGUCACUCCGGCAGAGUUUGAUCCGCGUGUGGAUGUUUACGGAAUCCAAAGUGCAGCCGGAGCUCCACAGAGAGAAGUUUACUUCAUGGGGCUGAUAAACAUCCUGACUCAUUACGACACCAAGAAAAAAGCAGCACAUGCUGCAAAGACCGUCAAGCACGGAACAGGGGCGGAGAUCUCUACAGUACAUCCUGAGCAGUAUGGCAAGAGAUUCCUGGAGUUCAUCGCCAACAUUUUCACUCACUGAGUUCAUUUUAUCAUAAAUACUUUUAUCCACAAGCACAGAGGCAGAGAGAGAGAAAGAGAGAGAGAGAGAGAGAGAGAGAGAGAGACAGAGAGAGACAGACUAACAGAGAGAGAGAGAGAGAGAGAGAGAGAGCGAGAGAGAGAUUUACAGAGGUGCAGGUGAAGUGUGUGACUCGGCAGAUACAGCGCUGGGAUUUAAACACAACCUUCUGCUCACUACAACUGAACACUAACCACUGCUUAUACAAAAUGUCGAGAAUGAAAAGAAAAUGUAUUUUACUGAUAAAUUCUUCUCUGUACCAUGUUAUACCUCAGAUUAGUGUCAGAUUUAAUAUUAAAUUGCUUUCAAAACAAAA